UCAAAUUGCUCACCGCACCCGACGGACAAAGACAUGAGGGACGUCGCGGGGAACUUUCUGCUUUUAUCGUUUGCCUUACUCGCUUCCGGUCAAGUCCCAGAGGACUGCUCGGCCCCGCCGGAGUAUCCUCACACGCGACUACUGAAGAAGUUCACUGGCACGCGCAGGUUCUCCAGCGGGGACAAGGUGCACUACGGCUGCCCGGAGGACUCCGCUCCGUCCGGGGGGAGCAGAGCCGUGUGGUGCCACGCUGGGAAAUGGACCAAGCUCACCCUGAAGUGCGAAAGGAUAUCAUGUGGCAACGCCGGGGAGCUUCCUAACGGAGAGUUCCAGUACGAGGGGGACACGUUCGUCGGGGAGAAGGUUUAUGCCGUCUGCAAAGAGGGAUACACUUUGAAAGGAUUCAACAACUACAUGACCUGCAAGGCGUCGGGCUGGACCGGUGAAUUCCCGUCCUGUGUAGAGGGAGAGACCACCUGCCCCCCCCCUGCCGUGACCCACUCCGUGAACCGUACCGGGGGAGAGGUCCCCGCGCACCGGGCCGGAGACCAGGUGACCGUCUCGUGCGCUCAGGGUUUCCAGCUGGACGGAGCUCCGCGCAUCACCUGUGGACCCGGUGGCCUGUGGCGGCCUGCGCCCCCCCGCUGCCUGUCCCUACCCGACGAAAGCCCGCCCCCCGCCGACGGCGGGCCCCCCCCUCCUCCUCCUCCCCCCGCAGCAGGGCGAUGCGGCGUCCCGGUCACCGGCCGCCACUCCAACGCCGACCUCGCCGACAGGUUCUUCGGGACCGAGUCCUUCGCCCCCGGGGACAGAGUCCACUACGUGUGCGACGUGGGGCACGUUCGCGCGGGCGGCAGCAGGUACCGCACGUGCGUGGAGGGGAAGUGGACCCCACUGCUGCUCCGGUGUGAACGAAAGCCGUGCGGCUCCGCGGGAGAGAUCCCGAACGGCCAGUUCGUGUAUUCAGGAGUGACGUUUGGGGACAAGGCCACGGCGGUGUGCGAUGGGGGCUAUCGUCUCGUAGGACAGGCAACCAGAAACUGCAUGAGUGGCGGCUGGGACGGACGCGUUCCUGUCUGCGAAGCUGUUGUCUGUGCGGAGCCUCCAGAAGAGACCAACGCGGUAUCGCCGGGCCCUCGGGAGUCUGGUUACACGUACAGGACUGUGAUUCCCUAUCAUUGUCCUGUGGGAUCGCUGAUCGGAAAAAGGAACAUUUGGUGCACCGAGGACGGGACGUGGAGUGAUCCUCCUCCUCAAUGCAGAGAAAUAACGUGUCCGGAUCCAAAUGUGCCUCAUGCCUACUGGAGGGGACGUCAAUACAAGCUGUUCCAGGACCGGGACACCGUGCUGAUCCAUUGUUACCCCGGCUACACACAGACCGGGCCCAGAGCCGUUACCUGUGGUGCUGAAGGAUGGUCACCUGGCCUCCCUAAAUGCACACGGAGUCUCUUCAACCGGAGGAGAUCAUGACUUAAAAAGUUGAUGCUACAUCCUUCCGUCCAACAGCAGGGGGAUUGAAAACAUUGUUUAAGCUUUGUCUUCUAAUAUAGUCCAUAAGACCCCAAACCGCAAUAUUUUUGUACACUCCUCAUAGAGACAUUAAAAUCUAUUUAAAAUGAA